CUGCCCAGCCCGCAGAUGGGGCAGAGGGGCUGGUUAUGCAGAUCAGACUUGGUGCGUCUCUGUGACCAUGGAGACCAGGCCCGGGACUCUUUCCCCAGGCGCUGUGGGAGAGUUAUUUAACUCUGGCCCGGUCAGUGGCACCGAGAGCUCCCUUUUCUUGGAAAGGAAAGAUGGGGUGUCAUGCCAGCAAGAGCACCCAGGUGGUGGGGGAGUCCCAGAAGCCUGGAGAACAGCCGGAGGGAGAAGAGCCCAAUCUGGAGGCUGUCACCAAGAUAGCAGAUGGCAAAGACGGCGCCUCGUUGAAGGAUGGAGCCCCUGAGCCCAAGAGCUGAGAUGUUCGUCUCUCCCAGGGGACCUCCUCGCUUCAUUCCUGAAACUGCCUUUGGCCAAAGAAACCUGAGAUGAUCCCCAACCUGAGAAACCGUGGAAAGAGAGAGAGAGAGAGAGAAAGAAAGAUGCUGACCUGUGGGAUUCAGACUUUCAGAAUUUGCUUCUUCAGGCUCCUUGGAGUUGGGAAGAGGAGGACUCUUAUUUUACCUGCUCCAGGAGAAAAGGGAGAACGUUUUCAAGCCUUCUAGGACUUUCUAUCCGCUUCUGGAAAUGGUCGAGCUUCCACCUGACUGUCCUGGCUGCAAGAAAGACCAGCUGCAGAACUCGGAUGGUUCAGGAACGCCCCCUGCCUCUUGCUGAACUCAAAGCACCAUAGCUUGGAGUAGAUUUGGGGUGUGGGGUUCUUGGCUGUUGGGAUGUGUCACUCUUAGCAUGUUCUCCUUCUCUCUCUCUCUCUCUCUCCUCUCUCCUUUUCUCCCUCCAUAGCUGGCUGAAUAGCCGACAUCCCAAACAGGAAGGCUCUGCUUUUGGCUCACGCCACACUGUCUGUAUGAAUAAUUUAAUAUUUAGCUCGGAGAAUUGUUAAUGAAUGAUGGGAACAAUCGGCACAGGCUGUGAGCGCGUAAAUGGAUAAAUGGAAGGUAACGUGGCCUUGAUCAGCCUGUAAGUGGAGCAGGAGCUGUGGGGAGGAAGGAGGAGGAGAGGACACAGGUUCCUGGGCUUUUAAACCCCGGUGGGGGGGAAACAUG